CACAAAGACAUGUGGCAACCUCAAGCAAUCAGCUGAUGGAGUGAUUAGGAAUUGUCAUCUAUUACCCUUACAUAACAUAAACAAGAUCAUAACCUCGUUCCUUGUUAAUUGUUUAACUUUCUGGGUGGAGUUAGCUCGGAUUAAACUUGGUAAACUUUGGUAAAACUUGGUCUCCUUAGUACGAGUGCGUUAAGUUUCAAUACUUCCUUAAUUUAUAUCACUGCGAAGGUGAACAUUGAGCAUUCUUCUUUUAAGUCCUUUAAUUUUGUGUAAAUACCUACUCUCCUUUUUCCUAGCAAGCAUAAUGCAUCUCCAAGCAUUUCAUCAUUAUUUGCAUGUAGCUUUAGCUUCUAGAACCAAAUAUAAAUUGAUGACUUGUGCAAACAUCUUUAAAAGAAACUUUAGUUCUAAACCAGGUCCGCUAAAGCAUCCUGUAGCACUUCUCGACCAAUCACUAAUAUCGCGUUUGCCAGUCUCAUGUAUAACUCUUUUCGAGGCUAAGAAGAAGAAAAAUUUGACCUUUGAAGCUAUUGCCAAGAAACUUAACCGUGAUGAGGUAGCUGUUGCCGCACUGUUCUAUGGACAAGCAAAAGCAAACGAAGAAGAUGUAAAAGAACUCUCAAAUUUACUUGAUGUUGACUACUCCCUUCUUUGCCAACAGUUGUAUCAAUGGCCAGAUCGAGGUCGAUUACUAGAUAUGCCACCAAAGGACCCACUGAUCUAUCGUUUUUAUGAGAUUAUACAAAAUUACGGUUAUGCUUAUAAAGCAAUUUUGAAUGAAAAGUUUGGAGAUGGUAUCAUGAGUGCAGUUACAUUCUCAACCCAUGUGGAGAAAGAAACUGAUGAGAAGGGUGACUGGGUUAAGAUUACAUGGAGAGGGAAGUGGUUACCAUUUUCAAGGUUUUGAGUACAUACCUACUUAACAGCAAUAGGAGUGAUAGGUGUGUCUCCUUUGGCACAAACAUUAAGUGUAACGCAAGUUUGAUGUACCAUGUACAAAAUAUAUAUUCAUCAGAAAACAUUCCUUAAUUAAUCUUUUGUGAAAUUGUGGUAGGUAUUGUAACUUUAAUUAUGUUUCUUAGAUAUAUCAAUAUGAGUUUAGUUAAUAGGGCUGAACUCCUACUCCAGCCACAGCUUGCUCAGUAUUUUAGCAUUCAGUCAAAACAGGAGACAAAUACCAGAAAACUUGCUGAUUGAGCAAUUUUAAACAAAGUCAAAAAGAGUUAUAUCAGAGCUGAAAUUUAUUUUACUCAUUGUCUGGAAAAUUUCGUUAGAUACGCAUCUUUUCUUAUAUGAAAUGUAGGGACCAUAUAAAAAAUUCUGAAAGUUAGGUCUGGGGGAAGAUUUGUAAGUGAAAGUAGUUUUGAUGUGUCAAAUACUAAUUUUUAUGAAAGGAGCAGUAUAUCUAAGUUGGUUUCCAAGGUAUUUUAGAUACAACAUAAAUAAAGGCACAAGUAAAAUUAGCCUUUCAGCCGGAAGGUAGUUCACCACAAUUUAAAACAAGCUUUUUCUGCCAUAUAGUGGCAUACCUUUCAGCGGUGUACAUUUUACCGGCUUUGAACAUUCUUCAAAUGUAAAAACACUAUUUUAUCAAUCGUCACUGGCAGAUGUAUUGCUUUGUUCUUAAUUAGCUUCAAAUCCACAUCGCAUUUUUUUAUCAACAGUCCUAUGCCUGUUAUUUCUCAGUUUCCGAAAA